ACUGUCCUUCUCUAACCCCCUCUCUUUCUUUCACAGUCAGCUCUGUUUUUAGAGCUCUGUUUCACCAUUUCCCCCUGCUUCUAUGCUUUUUUAUAACUAAGAAAUUUCUCCAUUCUUCCCUCCCAUGGGGUCCAUGGCUAGAUUACUCAUUGCUUUUCUUCUUCUUCUUCUUCCUUGUGUCUUCGUCAAUGCCAAGAAAACCUACAUUGUUCGUAUGAAACAUAAUGCUCUGCCAUCAGAGUAUCUCACUCACCAUGACUGGUACUCUGCUCAUCUUCAAUCUCUUUCUUCAUCUUCAACCUCUGACUCUCUUCUCUAUACCUACACUUCUGCCUACCAUGGCUUCGCUGCUUCUCUCGAUUCAAACGAAGCAGAAUUGCUCCGUCAAUCCGAUUCAGUUCUGGGUGUUUAUGAAGACUCUGUUUACACUCUUCACACCACUCGAACUCCAGGAUUCCUCGGUCUCGACUCCGAUUUCGGGUUAUGGGAAGGUCACAACACUCAGGAUCUUAACCAAGCUUCUCACGAUGUCAUCAUUGGUGUUCUCGAUACUGGUAUUUGGCCGGAAUCGAAGAGCUUUGAUGACACUGGAAUGCCGGAGAUCCCAUCACGGUGGCGUGGAGAAUGCGAAUCAGGAGCUGAUUUCAGUCCUUCGCUUUGUAACAAGAAACUAAUCGGAGCUCGUAGCUUCUCUAAAGGUUAUCAAAUGGCUUCCGGUGGUGGGUAUUUUAGAAAACCAAGAGAGAACGAGUCGCCUCGAGAUCAGGACGGGCAUGGAACGCACACGGCGAGCACGGCGGCUGGUUCACAUGUGGCUAAUGCGAGCUUGCUUGGUUAUGCUAGAGGCAUUGCUAGAGGAAUGGCUCCUCAAGCAAGAGUUGCUGCUUACAAGACUUGUUGGCCUACUGGUUGCUUUGGAUCUGACAUUCUUGCCGGUAUGGAUCGAGCAAUAUCCGACGGCGUCGAUGUACUCUCACUCUCUUUAGGUGGUGGCUCUGCUCCGUAUUACAGAGAUACCAUAGCAAUCGGAGCAUUUGCAGCCAUGGAGAAAGGGGUUUUUGUUUCGUGUUCAGCUGGAAACAGUGGACCAAAUAAGGCUUCUCUGGCUAAUGUAGCACCGUGGAUCAUGACGGUCGGAGCCGGAACACUCGAUCGGGACUUCCCAGCUUAUGUCCAGAUUGGAAAUGGCAAACGAUUCACUGGAGUGUCGCUUUACAGUGGCCAAGGAAUGGGGAGUAAGGCGGUGGAAUUAGUGUACAACAAAGGAAGUAACACCUCCAGUAAUAUGUGCUUGCCGGGGUCUCUCGAGCCGGCGGUGGUUCGAGGGAAAGUGGUGGUUUGCGACAGAGGAAUCAAUGCUAGAGUAGAAAAGGGAGGGGUGGUGCGAGAUGCAGGUGGGAUUGGGAUGAUUCUGGCAAACACAGCAGCUAGUGGGGAGGAAUUGGUGGCUGACAGUCACUUGCUGCCAGCCGUGGCGGUAGGGAGGAAAACUGGAGACUUGAUCCGGCAGUAUGUCCGGUCAGAUUCGAAUCCGACGGCAGUGCUGAGCUUUGGUGGGACAAUUCUGAACGUCCGCCCAUCUCCGGUGGUGGCGGCGUUUAGUUCUAGAGGACCUAACUUGGUAACUCCCCAAAUCCUUAAGCCGGACGUUAUUGGUCCUGGCGUUAACAUUCUGGCGGCUUGGUCUGAGUCCAUUGGACCUACUGGAUUGGACAAUGACAAGAGGAAAACUCAAUUCAAUAUUAUGUCAGGAACUUCCAUGUCUUGCCCACAUAUAAGUGGGCUGGCUGCAUUGCUAAAGGCAGCUCAUCCACAAUGGAGUCCAAGUGCAAUCAAAUCUGCUUUAAUGACCACUGCAUACACACAGGACAACACCAACUCGUCUCUCCGGGAUGCUGCUGGAGGGGGGUUUUCCAAUCCAUGGGCUCAUGGAGCUGGCCAUGUUGAUCCUCACAAAGCUCUCUCCCCCGGCCUUUUAUACGAUAUCUCGACCAAUGAUUACAUUGCCUUCUUAUGCUCCUUGGACUAUGGGAUCGAUCAUGUUCAAGCUAUCGUCAAGCGUUCCAACAUAACCUGCUCUAGAAAGUUUGCUGACCCAGGACAACUUAACUACCCUUCAUUUUCGGUUGUGUUUGGGAGCAAGAGGGUUGUUCGGUACACUCGUAUAGUCACCAAUGUUGGGGCUGCAGGGUCCGUUUAUGAAGUGGCUACUACUGCACCAUCAGUUGUGAAGGUGACUGUGAAACCUUCAAAGCUUGUGUUCACUAAAGUUGGGGAGAGGAAGAGGUACACUGUUACAUUCGUGGCAAGCAGGGAUGCUGCUCAAACCAUGAGAUUUGGGUUCGGAUCGAUUGCGUGGAACAAUUACCAACACCAAGUUAGAAGCCCUGUGGCAUUCGCCUGGACAAGGUUGUGAUUGUUGUUUUUUGUAUAGGUUUUCCAUUCCUCCAACUUGCUCCAGUUUCAGAAAGAGAACAGAAAGAAGGUGAUGAUCAGCAAUCAGCAAAAGAAUGAUCGUCAUCGAACAUGGGGAAAAUUCAGCGUUUGGUUUGCCAUUGAAUUGAAUGAGAGAAGCUGUAGUGUUGGUGUAAGAGUCUGAAAGGCACCAAGUUGGGAAGUUCUGGGGAGAGUUAAAACUAAUGUAAUGGCAAAAAGUUUGGCAUUUCUUUUCCUAGUUAUCUAAAAAUUGUUGUUACUGUCAGUCUGUUAGCGAAAAUUCAUAAACAUGAAGGCCAGUGAAGUGUGUGCUUUUUAACUUCGAA